AUGUGGUCCGUUCGGGACAUCGUUGAAACCACCCUCGCCGCCGCCGCCCUGGUCCUCGGAUUUUGUGCGACACCCCACGCUCUUUUGCAAACUUGGGCGUUCUUUCGGCCUAACGGUGAGACGGCCAAAGCUCUACGCCCUACGAUAAUCGUUAAUGCAACUGUUGCCCGUGGUUCCUCCCCCAAGCCGACUGCCAGGCAGGUAAACAAGGACUGGAUGCAACGGUUGAUAGCGAAGGACCUCCGCCGACUUGUACGCCAGGGACGACGCCGUGCCGAAGUGGAUGAUCGGAUGGUCGAAUUACUGGAGACACUGGUCACGGAACAGCGCGCCCGCGCUCCACGGAAUUUUAGCGCCUUUGCGACCUUUAAUUUCGAUUAG